UCACAAUCCACAACCCUAUGGCCCUAUCUGAAACUCUUAUUUCAAAUCCUCUCACUUCUGGCCCAUAUUAAAACUCAGGCUCAAAUCUCAUGAAAAACCUACUUUCGCUUUUGUCUUUUACUUCUGAACUUCCCACUAAACGGCCUUCUCUAGUUCUCUACUUUUUUCGCUCGCUUUGUCUUUUGUUUGUCGGACGAUCACGAAGCUUUUCCUUCUCAGUACUUCUCUUGCCAACAGCGCCCAAUCUUCAGCACCGAACGGCGCCUUCUCUUUUGUUUAUCGAUCCGCAAUGUUCUAUCUAAGCUUAAUCGAGCAUACGUUGCGGUUACCACCUCAUCUUCUUCACCUUCCUCUUGAUGAGGCUAUUAAGAUGGAGUUGGAAACCCUUUUCUUGGAUAAGGUUAUUGCAAAAUUGGGACUCUGUAUUUCAGUAUAUGAUAUCAGGUCAAUUAAAGGUGGCUUUAUCUUUCCUGGGGAUGGUGCUUCUACCUAUACGGUUGAGUUCAGAAUGAUUGUGUUUCGUCCAUUUGUUGGCGAGAUUAUUGUUGCAAAACUUAAAGAAUCUGAUGCUAAUGGCUUGCACUUGUCACUUGGAUUUUUUGAUGACAUUUAUAUACCCGUUCACCUUUUGCCAAGUCCAUCUCGCUUUGAAUCUUACCCUAAUAAUAGAAAUCAAGGCAGAUGGAUAUGGGACUUUGGAGAAGCAGAAGAAGCACAGUCCGAAGAACCACGAUUUGUUAUUGAUGGGACAGAUCUGAUUAAAUUUCGAGUUCAUAGUGUUAUUUAUCCUUCAAUUCCACUUGAACAACCAGAAGAUUCGAAACCAUUUGCUCCAAUGGUGAUUACUGGAUCAAUAGACUAUGAUGGUUUGGGCCCCGUUUCAUGGUGGGAGGAAGCAGAAAUGGUUCAGGAUGAAUCUUAAGUUUACAGACUCAUUAUGUAUCCUCAGAUAUCAGUAAGUGGAAGGACAAAAGAGGCUUUAUAGGUCGGAGAUGUUACUAGUUACUUCAGAAGGCAGCGGAAAUGAUCAUUUUUCAAAGCUUGCAACAGGCCGCAGCAGUGGCUGUUGUCGUGCUUCGUUCUACAGACCACAGUAUGGCCUCCAUGUGCUUGGAGAUUAAUCCACUCAACUCAACCAUAAAUGCUAACAGCUAAAUACAAAGCUUGAAAUUGUUGUUUUGUGACAAAUUUGGUGAUUAUCUUUAUCUACAGACGUCCUUUGUUUUCACGAUAAAUUGAAUGGGUUGAAUGAGAUGAUGACUGGUGCAUUUAAUUCUGCCUCAUUGAAAUAG